UCCUACCAGCUGCUCUUCGGUACCCCAGGCACCACCUAACUCAGGGAUAGCAUGGGACCCCACCCUGUGUAUCCCCCACUCCCAUCCUUCCUACUCCUCCUCUCCAUCCUCCUCCUCCUGCUCCACCCGGCCACCUCUUCCUUCCACUCCAAGCCUCAGGUGGUGGAGCGGGCAUCUUUAUCAGGCACCCCAUCUUCCCCAUCUGGUAACACCACAGGGGGCAAGCGGACGUGCACGGACAAGGUGAUGUGUAGACCUGGCAUUGUGCUGCCUGUGUGGCUACCACUCAGCCCUCCACUGGCAGAGCAGACGGGGAGGGCGAUAGUCUACUUUGCCUGCCUCAUGUACAUGUUCCUGGGUGUGUCCAUCAUCGCCGACCGCUUCAUGGCCUCCAUUGAGGUCAUCACCUCCCAGGAGAAAGAGGUGACUAUCACCAAACCCAACGGGGAGACGUCAGUGACCACUGUGCGGAUCUGGAACGAGACUGUGUCUAACCUCACGCUCAUGGCCCUGGGCUCCUCUGCACCAGAGAUCCUUCUCUCUGUCAUCGAGGUGUGUGGUCACAACUUUGACGCGGGUGAGCUUGGACCGGGCACCAUAGUGGGCAGCGCUGCCUUCAACAUGUUUGUGAUCAUCGGAGUGUGUGUGUGGGUCAUCCCCGACGGGGAGUCGCGAAAGAUCAAACAUCUGCGAGUGUUCUUCAUCACAGCCUUCUGGAGCAUCUUUGCUUACAUCUGGCUCUACCUCAUCCUGGCUGUUAUCUCCCCGGGAGUAGUGGAGGUGUGGGAGGCUCUGGUCACUCUGCUCUACUUCCCAGUGUGUGUGAUCUUGGCUUGGAUCGCCGACCGCCGCCUGCUCUUCUACAAGUACAUGCACAAGCGUUACCGUGCCGACAAGCGGCAUGGCAUCGUUGUGGAAACGGAAGGUGACCUGGCGCCCAAGGGGAUCGAUGUAAUCAUGGACGCUAAGUUCUCAGAUAGCAAUUCCACGGCUGGAAACUCCUCCAGUGUCUGCACAGUCUCUGUUCAGACAGGCAAGGAGCUGGACCAGAACAGAGAUGAGGUGGUACGCAUCCUGAAGGACCUGAAGCAGAAGCACCCGGACAAAGACCUGGAGCAGCUUAUCGAGAUGGCCAACUACUCAGCUCUGGUGCAGCAGAGGAAGAGCCGCGCCUUUUACCGCAUCCAAGCCACACGCAUGAUGAUCGGUGCCGGCAACGUGCUCAAGAAGCAUGCCGCCGAGCACACGCGACGCAAAGCCGCCGCUACGGAGGGCGGAGCCCUGGAGAAAGACGACAGGGCCACGUGCACCCACCUGUCCUUUGAGCGUGCCCAAUACCAGUGCACGGAGAACUGUGGUACCCUGAGCCUAGCAGUGAUCUGUGAGGGUGGCAUGGGGCAGCACACCUUCUAUGUGGACUACCACACGGAGAAUGGCUCGGCAAAUGCCGGGGCGGACUAUGAGUUUAGCGAGGGGACGCUGGUGUUCAAACCAGGGGAGAGUCGGAAGGAGAUUAAGGUGGGCAUCUUGGACGACGACGUCUUCGAGGAAGACGAGCACUUUUUUGUGCGGCUGCAGAAUCUCCGUCUGGAUGAGGGCGGCAACAAGGUUUCACUGGGAACGCCGCCCAAGGGCCGGCUGGUGGAGCCGUUAGUUGCCAUGGUUACCAUCCUGGACGACGACCACGCCGGCAUCUUCACGUUCGGCGAGCGCGUGCUGCGAGUGAGCGAGAGUUCGGGUACGAUGGUGGUGACGGUGGUGCGGAACUCUGGCUCGCGGGGCACCGUGAUGUUGCCCUACCGCACUGAGGACGGCAGCGCCCGUGCCGGCGUGGACUACGAGGAGACCAAGGGCGAGCUUGAGUUCUCCAAUGAACAGACCAGUCAGACUCUACAGGUACGCAUUGUAAAUGUGGAGGAAUAUGAGAAGCAGGAAAACUUCUUCAUUGUGCUGGAUGAGCCCAAAUGGCUAAAGCGAGGAAUCUCAGCUCUGCUGCUCAACCAGGGGAACCCUACUCCAGAAGAGGAGGACGCCAGACGUAUCUCAGAGAUGGGGAAGCCCAUUCUAGGGGAGCACAGCAGGCUAGAGGUCAUCAUAGAGGAGUCCUACGAGUUUAAGAUCCGACAGGGAAUGACUCCAAAUGGGAUACUAGACCCGAGCACCGUGGACAAACUCUUGAAGGACACCAAUCUGGCUGUGGUGAUUGGAACUCAUUCCUGGAGAGAACAGUUCAUUGAGGCGGUCACAGUCAGUUCAGGAGGUGACGAGGAAGAGGGAGUGGAGCGGCGAAUUCCCAACUGCUUCGACUACUUCAUGCACAUUGUGACAGUUUUCUGGAAGAUUCUGUUUGCCUGUGUGCCACCUACCGAGUACUGGAAUGGCUGGGCCUGCUUUGUGGUGUCCAUCAUUGUCAUUGGCUUACUAACCACCGUCAUCGGGGACCUGGCCUCCCACUUCGGCUGCACCGUGGGCCUCAAAGACAGUGUCACUGCUGUGGUGUUUGUGGCUCUGGGCACCUCCAUCCCUGACACCUUUGCCAGUAAAGUCGCUGCCACCCAGGACCAGUAUGCCGACGCGUCAGUGGGGAACGUGACGGGUAGCAAUGCGGUCAACGUUUUCUUGGGCAUCGGGGUGGCGUGGUCCAUCGCUGCCAUCUACUGGGAGACCAAAGGUCAAACUUUCCGCGUGGACCCUGGCUCACUGGCCUUCUCGGUCACGCUCUUCACCAUCUUCGCCUUCAUCAACAUGGGGGUGCUGAUGCUCCGCCGCCGGCCGUCUGUAGGGGGUGAGCUGGGGGGACCCAAGGUCACCAAGGUGCUCACCACCCUAUUCUUCUUUGGCCUCUGGUUCAUCUACAUCCUCUUUUCCAGCCUGGAGGCCUACUGCCAUGUAAAGGGCUUCUGAGGGAGCACAGGGCUAGAUAGGUAGAUGGGUAGAUUGAGAAACUCACAUAUGCACACAGACACACACACAUGCGCAUACAUGCUGGCACGCACACACGCACACGCACACACACACACACACACGCACAUCAUGAUCAUUGCCACUGCAACCACACACACACACACACACACACAUCAUCAUCAUUGCCACUGCAACGACACAUCUUCGACAUCUAGCAGAAGAUCCACUACCAGGAGUAAUGAUGCAAAUGUCUAUUUUCUGUACUCAAUGCCCACUGCUCACAGAGAGAAUGUCAGACACUCUCUCUUCUCUCUCUCACACACAACACACACACACACACACACACACACACACACACACA